AUGGAUGUUGUGGCACUAGUGGCAGCUGGCAAAGAGUUAGGCCUUGAGGGUGCUGAGCUAAAACAGUGGCUUGAGGUUCAAGAUGCUAAAUGGCAGGCGGCAGAGAGAGAAAAGCGCGCAGCCGAUAGAGAGGCCGCGAAAGAAGCAGCAGAACUUCGUAAGGCAGAAGCCGAGUUAGUAGAUAAAAAGUUGAAAUUGCUCGAGCUCGAAAAUGCACGUCCGACGCCCGCCACCGGGCCGGCAGCUUUGAAUGCCCCCGUUCUAGGGUUACAGAAGGGAAUGGCCCCCUUCGACGAGCGUAAAGAUGACCUUCACGCGUAUUUGCUAAGGUUCGAGCGCGUAGCGAGAAGUCAAAAAUGGCCCCAGAGCUAUUGGGCAGCGUCCCUAAGCAUGUGCCUGACAGGGGAGGCACUGGGGGUGUAUUCACGAAUCGCACCCGAAGAUUGUGGUGAUUAUGAAAAGGUUAAAGCCGCACUGUUGAAGAGAUUCCGGCUAACUUCCGAAGGCUUCAGAGAGAAGUUUCGUACAAUACAGCCAGAAGAGGGAGAAUCCGGAUCUCAGUUUGCCACACGGCUAUGUAGUUAUUUUGACCGAUGGAUUGAAUUUUCCCAAGUUAAAGAAGGGGAUUUUCAAGCUCUUCGCAACCUCCUCAUAAGAGAGCAAUUCCUGUUGGACUGCUCAAGUACCGUCGCACUUUUUCUCAAGGAAAAGAAAUUAAACACUCUGAAAGAGGUUUCCGAAGCCGCAGACGAUUUCAUGGAAGCGCACUGUAUUCGUAGUUUGGCUCCAAAGCGCGGAGAGCUCCAGAGAGGUUGGAAGUCCAACACUGAUAUAUCGAGAGGCCAAGAUUUGGCAAGGCAGGGAAAAGCCAUUGGAGGGGAACCAUCCGACAGACCCAGCAGCGGUAAACCUACACGGGAGGGAAAGCCUCCGCCUAAAUGCUACCUUUGUGGGAGGAUAGGACAUGUUGCAAAUCAAUGCAGGAGCGUUUGGCAUAGGAGGGGCGAUGAUAGCCGGUGCAUUAAGUGUGGCCUAUUAGGACAUAAGGCAGACGCCUGCAGGGGCAAGACUGAUGGACAGGUGAACAAUUCGAGAAUGCAAAGCUCUUGUUUCGUGGCUACUGAACCAAGGGAUUUAAACAAAAACAUAGAAGACGGCUACGUCGAACUCCGAAGUGGUGAGGAAGUCCCGGUUGUGAACGCAUUCCUGUCAAAUAAAGUAAAAGUCCUCGCCACGGACUUGCCAGUCGUCGAAGGCAGGGUAGGAGAGGAGAUGGUAUCAGUUUUAAGGGAUACCGGAAGUAACACAGUUGUUGUUAGGAAGAGUCUUGUGCCACCUUCUCAAUACACCGGGCAAUUUGGCCUUGUUUACCUCGUGGACGGCACCAUGAAGCGACUGCCCGAGGCAAGAAUACAGGUGAAGACGCCAUAUUUCUCUGGCAACGUUACGGCCAAGGUAAUGGAGGCACCGUUGUACGACCUCAUCCUUGGAAACGCAGCGGGAGUACGGCCAGUCGGCGAGCCAGAUGAAAGCUGGGAUCAAGAAUUGGGAGCCCCCACAGAACAGUCAACAGCUGACGACAGGGUCGCGGCGACUUCAGGAUCCAUGGAAACCCUAGGGAACAUACCAGAAACCACACAGUGCGAGAUGGUCGACUUGUCACAGCAUCGGGCCUUGGAACCCGACAACGAGGACUCAGGAGCAGCAGCAGCUGUCGUCACCAGAAGUCAAAACGUGGCUACUAAGAGACCGCCGCCAAGGUUACGUGUUCCAGAUAUUGAAGGCGGACCGACGGAUGUUGCUACACUUAUAAAAGCACAAGAGGAGGACCCCACACUGCGAACCUGUUACGACAAAAUGGGGCAGGAACAGCGAUGCCACAACACCAAUAGAACUUUCGAAUUCGUGGAGGAAAGCGGCAUCUUAUACCGGAAGUACUACGACGAACCCGGACACAUGCAGCAGCAGCUAGUGGUACCAAAGCAGUAUCGGAACGCGGUUCUACGACUCGCUCAUGAAGGAAUCCUGGCAGGGCAUCUAGGGGUGAAGAAGACAACUGACCGAAUUUUGACGGAUUUUUUCUGGCCUGGGCUACAGGCUGAUGUUGGUCGUUUCGUCCGAUCGUGUGAUCGCUGCCAGAGGACAACCCCAAAAGGAAAAAUCGCGAAAGCUCCACUCCAGUGCAUGCCCAAGAUCGACGCCCCGUUCCAAAGAGUAGCUGUCGACAUCAUCGGGCCCAUUUCGCCUCCAUCACGGGUGGGCAGCCGUUAUAUCUUGACUCUCGUCGAUUUUGCGACGCGCUACCCCGAUGCCGUUGCACUUAAAUCCACUGACACCGAAAGUGUUGCGGAAGGAUUGGUGGAAAUCUUUUCAAGAGUGGGUAUUCCCCGGGAGGUUCUCAGUGAUAGAGGGAGCAACUUCGUGUCCAAACUAAUGCAAGAAGUCGGGAGGCUCCUUUCGAUUAAACAAAUUCAAACCACCCCAUAUCAUCCGAUGGGAAAUGGUUUGGUCGAGCGUUUUAAUGGGACCUUGAAGAGUAUGCUGCGCAGGAUGUGCGAAGAAAGGCCUAUCGACUGGGACAGGUACCUGGCAGCGUUGCUCUUCGCGUAUCGUGAAGUCCCGCAAGAGAGCCUUGGGUUCUCUCCAUUUGAGAUGUUAUACGGAAGACACGUCCGAGGGCCCCUGACGGUUUUGAAGGAACUAUGGACCCGAGCUGAUCUUCCAGAAGAGACGAAGACAACGUACGAAUACGUUCUAGAAUUAAGGAACCGGCUUGAAUCGACCUGCAAGUUAGCGCACGAGUCACUGGAGAAGGCAGGAGCAAGGUACCGGCAGUAUUACAACAAGAAGGCGAAGGACCGAAAUCUGACAACCGGGGACAAGGUACUAGUACUGCUUCCAACCGCCAAUAACAAAUUACUUAUGCAUUGGAAGGGUCCAUUCCCCGUCACACAGAAAAAAGGACCGGUCGACUAUGAAGUCGACGUGGGGACAGCAAGAAGGGUAUUUCACAUUAACAUGUUAAAAAAGUACGAACAGCGCUGCCCGCCAGACGAAGCUAGACUAAGGGCAGAAAGCAAGGGACGCGAAGGUGACGACAGAUUGUCAUGGCAGAUGUGUGCAGCAGUAUCAGACCCAGGGCCAGCAGAAGAAGAGCUGCCGUUGAUGCAAAUGGAGCCGACAGAGGACGCUAAGGACGUCGUAAUCUCAUCCGAAAUUUGCGCCGAGGAGAGGCGUGAAAUCGAGCUGCUGUUGGACCAAUACGGCACCGUGUUUUCAGACGUGCCGGGAAAAACUGAUCUGGUUCAAUGCCGGUUACAGAUGACCACAGACCGUCCUAUAUACGUGAAACAGUACCCACUUCCCUACGCAUUACGGGAAUCCGUGCAGGAAGAAGUGGAACGGAUGUUACAGAUGGGUGUAAUUGAGCCCUCGGAGUCUGCGUACAACUCCCCCGUUGUAAUUGUCAAGAAGCCUGACAGAACCAACCGUCUCUGUAUCGAUUUUCGAAGGAUAAAUGACGUACUGGUCUCGAACUCAGAGCCUAUCCCAAAUGCAGAAGAAAUCUUCACAUCCAUCGCAAAUAAACGGGUCUUCUCAAAGUUAGAUCUAUCGAAGGGAUAUUGGCAAGUGCCCUUGGACGAGGCAUCGAAGCCCAAGACGGCCUUUUCCACUUCAAAGGGCCUAUAUCAUUUUUGCUAUAUGCCGUUUGGUAUAAAAACAGCCCCAGCUGUGUUCACCAGACUGAUGAGGGAAGUUCUCGCGGGAGUGGCCGAUGUAGUGCAUUAUUACGACGACGUGCUGGUAGCCUCAGCUACGUGGGAAGAACACAUCAAGUCGCUCGGAGAGGUAUUCCACCGCUUACAGCAAGCAGGGUUGACGGCGCGGCCAACGAAGUGCGAGCUCGCGUUCAGCCGAAUAACCUUCCUGGGCCAUGAGAUCGGAGGAGGCACAAAGGCACCGCUCACGAAGACCUUGGAGAAGAUCCAGCAAGCAAGAAGACCGGCGACAAAACGGCAGAUACGAUCGUUCCUUGGACUCGCUGGAUACUAUCGGGAAUUCAUCCCUGGAUAUGCGGCCAUCGCGAAGCCUCUCACAGACGCAACAAAAAGGGGAGCGUCUAACAAUGUAUCCUGGACUGAAGACCUCGAACGUGCCUUCGAGGCACUGAAGAAAGCACUUUCCAGCCCCCCUCUCUUGCGCUUGCCCGACUUGCAGCGUCCAUUCACGUUACGGACAGACGCCUCCGACACAUGCCUCGGAGCCAUGCUUCUCCAGGAGUACGAGGGUGUGCUACACCCCGUUUCUUGCGCGAGCCGCAAAUUGACAGGGGCUGAAACUGCGUAUGCCACUGUUGAAAAGGAAGGGUUGGCCCUUGUGUGGGGAAUUAACCGAUUUAAGCCGUACCUAAUCGGAGUCCCUUUCACCGUACAGACGGACCACCGGCCACUACAGUACCUCAAUAAGUGUAAACACGUUAACCAGAGAGUACUUAGAUGGAGUCUCAUGCUUCAAGAGUAUGACUUUAAGGUGGAAUAUAUCCGUGGAAGCGACAAUGUAGGCGCCGACUACCUCAGUCGUGUCUGA